CAGUAUUUUUAUCGACCGAUCUUGUUCUCAUAUUUGCAAUGAUAAUCUACCGGAUAUCGGCAAUCUUUAAACACGUGCCUACAUACGAUUACGCUGACGAGUUUUGUACCGCAUUUACCGUGUACAAUAUGACAAGGUUUGGUCUUACGUUACCAAAAAUUUUCAAGACUUCGCGAGGAGAACAUUUUAGUACUAUUUUGCCUAUAAAUUUUCGAGACCCUCCAAUUCCUUUAACUCCCAUUACUCCCGCUGAAAUUAUGAAACGUCUUAGUAGAUAUGAGUACCCUGAUUCCGAUGAAUACAAUAAGAUAAUAUAUUCUCAGUUGGAAAACGACACAUUUGGACAAAAGAUCGAGAUUAAAAAAAAUGUAAAUAGUAUAUGA